UCAAGAUGGGUCAUGUUCAGCCUUUUUCAGCGUUCCACGGAAGCUUGGUGUCAUAGCGCUCCUUGGCUGGCAUCAUGGCGGUUUGGGUCUCCUCAGGGGCUUGGCUCCUCCUUCUUCUGCUGGCUGGUGCUGCCUACAGCCACCCGUUGAUGCACGGUCCCAAGUCCUUCCCUGGUAGUCAAGCGUCAAAGCCGGCGUUCACACCUGAGCUGUCCGUUUCUGGAGCAAAGCCCAGAUCUUCAUACGAAGGACCUCAUCAGCCAGCACGCGUAGUUCUUCCACCUUCUGGGAAUCUGCAACUUCCAGGCUCUUUUCCACCUGGUGGUCUCGCACCCCACGGUUCACUUGACCUGCCAGGCUCUUCUGUCAUGAAUGCACCUGUACUUCCUGGUUAUGUGCAUGAUGGUCAUGUGGUCCAAAGUGAUCAAUUUCCUGGACCCCUGCUUCCACCAUUCCACCCCCAAUAUCAGCCCGGAGAGCUCUUCCGCACGGAGAAGACCUUAGAGCAGGGUCACAAUGAGAGGGAGACCAAAAGUAAAGGUCCACCUCAACUGCUUCCUCUUCCUUUGGACACGGCAGCUCCAAGUGGACCGAAGUUCUCUAUGCCUCCUCCCCCACCUUUCCCAUACGGUUUUCUUCCCUAUCCUUUUGACCGCAACUUCCUGACGGGCCAGUACCCCCCAGGUACGCUGUCCCACUUCAGCACCAGCUUUGAGCGGGGCAGGAACUACAACCACGACAUCCACUAUGAAACAUCUGAAGAGGAUGACGACGAUGACGAGCCGAUCAAGCACUACUUGGACUACGCCCCUCAGAACCUGGUGCAGCCUGGAGCGUUCCGGCGCUGGCAGCUUUCAAACUUUAGACGAGAUCCGAGCUCCCAGGGCGACUACAAUCCUUACAAGCACAAAGGGCAAGGAACCCAGGUUUAUGACGUUCCUCAGCACUCCAGACUGACUCGGGUUAGACACUAAGUGGACUGUUUGUGAAAUAAAACAUGUAAACUCA